CGAAACGUAAGCAACGCAUUCGAUAAUUUUUUUAAGCGUUAUUAUUGCUCGUUCAACGUUUUUUUGUGUGUGUUUAUAUAAUCGUUAUUUGUGUAUAUUUCAUUCUUUUAGUAGUUCCUUUGGUUCGUCCUCGAAUCGUCGUUCUAGAAACACCGAUAUUCCCUUCCCGUAUUUGUGAAGGAUUUGACGAGCACUUUCAAUGUUUCCUGAGAGCAGCACCGGGUACUCUUUUGAGGACUGUCAGGCUACAGCUGACUGGCUUCUGUCUCAAACUGCAGUGCGCCCUCUGGUGGGCAUAGUGUGCGGCUCAGGUAUGGGUGGCUUGGCUGACAUGCUGAAAGACCAGGUGGUGUUUAACUACCGGGACAUUCCCAACUUCCCCCAGAGUACUGUGCAUGGUCACGCAGGUCGGUUGGUGUUUGGUACUUUGAAGGGUAGACCAUGUGUCUGCAUGCAGGGAAGGUUUCAUCUUUAUGAGGGAUAUCCCAUCCAGAAGAUUACUAUGCCAAUGCGGAUAUUCAAACUGCUGGGUGUGGAGACAGUGAUUCUCACCAAUGCUGCUGGUGGACUGAACCAGGACUAUAAAGUGGGAGAUAUCAUGAUCAUAAAAGAUCAUCUCAACAUGCCUGGAUUUGCUGGGAACAACCCUCUUGCAGGAUCCAAUGACGAGAGGUUUGGUGUCCGUUUUCCCUGCAUGUCUAAUGCAUAUGAUCGGGAACUUCAGCAGCUAGCAAUGGACGUGGGUUCAGAGCUUGGUUUCAGUGACUUUCUAAGAGAGGGUGUGUACUGUGUUCUUGGAGGACCUUCUUUCGAGACUAUCGCUGAGUGUCGCAUGUUGCACAAGCUGGGAGCUGAUGCUGUCGGUAUGAGCACUGUUCACGAGGUGAUUGUGGCACGUCACUGCGGAAUGCGGGUCUUUGCUCUGUCUUUGAUAACUAAUAAGGCAGUGAUGGACUAUGACAGCGUGGAAAAAGCCAAUCAUGAAGAAGUUCUGCUGACGGGCAAACAAAGGGCAGUGCAGCUCGAGAGGUUGGUGACCACCAUAGUCAUCAGGCUAGAGCACAACAACAAUUACACCUGAGACUGUUCUGAAAUCAGAUCCAUCAUCUAUCACAGACCAAAUAAUUAUUCUGUUAAUAAACAUAACUAAUAUAGUUCUAGUCAGUUCCUUUUGGCUCACACAGUUAUUUAUAAGAUUUGUUGAUUCAUAUUUUAAAGAGCAUCAUUAUUUUAAACAUUUUCUUUCUUAUUUGUCAAUAUACAGUAUUUAUCCCUAAUGUAUAUAAUCACAGUCAACAGUUUUCUUUUUUAUUUCUUAAGAAAAGAAAAAAUAUAUUUUUACAUUCCUCUGAAUGUUGAAAUGUAUAAAACUUUAAAUGCUUCAUUUUAACUUAACACUUACCAUUUAGUCUUAAAAUUUGUUUA